GAUCACGUGCUCCAGCAGGGGGGUGAGGCUAAGGGCCGGAAGUCUCGCGCCGCCACCUCAGCCGGGCGUCGUUCGGGGCGCUGAGAAGCGGAGCAGCUGCCACCCAGCCCGCCGGAAACAUGGCGGGUAUCAAAGCUCUCGUGGGGCUGUCCUUCAGCGGAGCCAUCGGCCUGACGUUCCUCAUGCUGGGCUGCGCCCUGGAAUACUACGGUGUUUACUGGCCUAUGUUUGUCUUAAUAUUUUACUUCAUCUGCCCCAUUCCCCACUUCAUUGCAAGAAGAGUAAGUGACGACAGCGAUGCAGCCAGCAGUGCCUGCAGGGAACUGGCGUACUUCUUCACGACUGGAAUUGUUGUUUCUGCUUUUGGCUUCCCCAUCAUCCUCGCGCGGGUCGAAGCGAUCAAAUGGGGAGCCUGUGGUCUGGUGCUGGCUGGCAAUGCAGUCAUUUUCCUUACUAUUUUAGGCUUUUUUCUUGUGUUUGGUAGAGGAGAUGACUUUAGCUGGGAGCAGUGGUAGGACCUCGCUCUGAUGCUGGUAACGUUUUCAGCGUAUGUCACCAUAUGUAUGCUGUAUGUGUGUGUCUGUGUGUAUACAUUACUACAAAUGUGUGUGCAUAUGUAUGCAGUUUGACAUUAUCACAUCCUAACGUGCUUUUUAAAAAUGUGUCAGCCAAAGGGGAAAGAUCCCUGUGACAGCACUCUUACUGUAUUCAGUAAAAGUUGGGAUCGCCAUUGCAAAUCUGUCCACAAAUAAGUUUGCAAAAACAUAAACUGUUUUUACUUGUUUUUCCAUAUAUGUGCAUUAACUUCUGCUCUACUCACUGAUACAUGAGAUAUCGAUCAGCAUGUCUACUAUUUUUCCAAAAACCAUAUAAUUAAAGUAGAUCAAUAUAAAGAUUAUCCUGCUUACUGUUGCUUACCUUGAUUGUCUUUCUGCUCUGAUUAAGGAUGAAUGAGUACUUGCUUUCCACAUGAGUAAUUGUAAUUCUAAUUGUUUCCUUUGAUAACAAAAACAAACGUAGCAUAUGCCAACUCUUACUACCUAAUGAAAGAGAGAGAAAACCCUGGUUAAAAAUUGAUGGUGUUCACUUAGAAUCUACAUUCUUUCUUCUCCCUAAGAUAUGCCAGUUUUGUCACUCUUCAACUUAAUGACUGUGGAUGUAUUUUGGGAAUAGUGUAGUGUUUUAAUGCUCAGAGUUGACAUUACUUCUCUCAUGAAGGCUCAUAGAGGAAGAAACUACUCUCAGGACACUUACAGUCACAAGACAGCAUACAGCUCUGUAUUCCUGUGUGUGAAGUGCCUGAAUUACAAGGAAGUUAGUGUUCUGCUGGGCAGGACUUAUCUCCUCUGUUCUCAUUGCUUUGGUAACUUUACUUAUUCAAACUGCUAUUUUUUGGCUGUAAGAUUGUUAGAUUAAAACACUAUAUUUUUAUGAUGGCAUUAUCCUAGUAAACAUUCUCAUAAUC